AUGUCAUCAUGGUUAUCUAAUUUAACAAUUAAAUUAUCACAAUCAAAUGAAUAUUCAAUAAAAUUAUCAUAUUUACAAUUAGUUAAAGAAAGACAAUCAUCAAAUAAAAAUAAACUUGUUCCAUAUAAUUCUAUAGUUGGUGUAGCUUCAUCAAAUGUAAUUGCUUAUUCAAAUGGUAAUGAUACAUAUUAUUCAAAUGAAAAUCAUUAUAUAUAUGGAAUAUAUAUGGGAUUAAAAUGGCAAUGUGUUGAAUAUGCACGUCGAUGGACUUUUUUUCGUAAAAGUUCAAUAUUUGAAAGUGUUGUAGGUGCUAAUGAUAUAUGGAAUCAAAUAACAUAUAUUGAAAGAAUUAUUGAUAAAGAAAAAUUUCCAUUAAAAAAACAUUUCAAUGGUUCACCAAAUCCACCAAUAAAUGAAACAUAUUUAAUUUAUCCAAUACAAAAAGAUAUGCCUUAUGGUCAUAUUUCUGUUAUUGUUGAUGUUUUAAAAAAUUCUAUUAGAAUUGCUGAACAAAAUUUUUAUUUUACUUAUUGGAAAGAUAAUUAUGCUCGAGAAAUUCCAUUUGUAUAUAAAAAUGGUCUUUAUUAUAUUGAAGAUGAAUAUGAAAUUUAUGGAUGGUUAGAAAUUGAUGAUUCAAAAGAACAAUUAAAACCAUUAAAUAAAUUAACAAUUGAAAAAAUUCAAAUGAAAUAUGAAAAUAUGUGA